UGGUGCUUGCUCCAGAUGCAGUUGUCAUGGAGAUGGAAAAGCUCUCCGCCAGUGGAACCGUUACCAUGGAAAUCUCAGUCGCAGCAGCAGCAGCAGCAGCAGCAGCAGCCUCGGUGGAGGAGAGCGUUCAGCACCGCGGACAGCUCCCCUCGGCCAGCCAUCGCCUGCUCGUCGUGGUCGGAGAGAUUCCCACCAGCCGGCACCUGGACGCCGUCAGGGAGCAGAUCGCACGAGGUUUGCGUUCGUGGAGCGUCGACCUGACGCGUUGUGACCUGAACAAGGAGCUGCAGCUCUUCGGCGCCAGACACACCGCGCAGUUUUCUUCGCAGGUCAAAGGCCAGCGGACCCUCCAGUAUCACAGUGAUGUCCUGCAGGCAGUGGUGCUGGUGAACCCGUCAGAGGAGACCGCCGCCUCCGAGGUUCGCUCUCUAAUCACCGACUUUGCCGGGAAUAAGUUGCUCAUACUGAGCGGCCAGAGCUCUGAGCAGGGAGGCGACGUCCUUCUGGAAGCUGGAACUUUCACCUGGCAGCACUUCUCAGACAUCAUCUCAAACCCUCAAGUGAUUGAACUCCUGUCGAAGGCCGCUUCUGAACAACCAUCCAGGCUCACUGUUUCCUGUCAGGGAGACGGAGGCUGGAGCUCCCUCGGCCAAAGCCAGGAGCAGCAGUCAUUUAAAAACCUUCUGGAAUACCGCCUGAACCCCGAACCGACCCUCCCCGACAUGGACGGAGUCACGGAGUUCACCGAGUAUGUCUCAGAGACAGUGGACGUGCCCUCGUCCUUCGACCUCCUGGAGCCGCCGACCUCUGGGGGCUUUCUGAAGCUUUCCAAACCCUGCUGCUACAUCUUCCCCGGAGGUCGGGGAGACUCCGCCCUGUUCGCCGUCAACGGAUUCAACAUCCUGGUGGAUGGGGGCUCCGAUCGGAAGUCUUGCUUCUGGAAGCUGGUCCGCCACCUGGACCGGAUCGACUCCGUUCUGCUCACCCACAUCGGUGCAGACAACCUCCCGGGCAUCAACGGGUUGUUCCAGAGAAAGAUCGCAGAGCAGGAGGAGGAGCGUAACCAGGGAAACGGUUCCGGCAGCAACGGCGAAGGGAUGAAGAACUUGAUCUCUCCGGAGCUCGGGAUCGUGUUUUUUAACGUGCCAGAGAAGCUUCGAAUGCCAGAGUCCACACUGAAAGUGAAGCGCAGCAUUGAGGAAGCAUCUCUUACGUUGCAGUACCUCAACAAGCUUGGGAUCACACCAGAGCCUCUUCACAGGGUGGUGAGCAACACGAUUGAACCCAUUACACUAUUCCACAAACUUGGUGUUGGAAAGUUAGACAUGUACGUCUUAAACCCCGUCAAAGAGAGCAAAGAGAUGCAGUUUUUGAUGCAGAAAUGGUCCGGGAACAGCAAAGCCAAGACGGGGAUUACUAUGGCCAAUGGAAAAGAAGGAGAAAUAUCGGUCCCCUAUUUGACAUCAGUUACCGCUCUUAUUGUUUGGAUUCCUCACCGUCCAACAGAAAAAAUAGUCAGGGUGCUCUUCCCUGGAAAUGCACCGCAGAAUAAAAUCUUUGAAGGCCUUGAGAAACUGAAACACCUCGACUUCUUGCGAUACCCUGUGGCUACUCAAAAAGACAUAUCAUCUGGUGCAGCUCCCCCCAUUAUCAAACAGACAAAAAUGAGAUCGAGAACCGACAGCAGAGAGAGUCUCAAGUCUUCCCCAAAGCCCCACUCUAAAACAACGAAGAAAGAAAGCAGUGGACAGGAGGACGAGUCCAAGAGUGAUAUCACUAAAGAGAAUAAAGUGGAAAAGAAGGAAGAGAAGAAACUCAAAAGUCUAAAAGCCACCAAGCAACAGAAGAACAGUGAGGUGGCCCCUGUGGGGGGGCAGACCGAGAAAAAGAAAAUAUCCAAGGAGAAAACUGCCAAGAAUGAGAAAGUGUCCAAGAUGGAAGAAAAGAAAGACAAAGAGAAAAAAGAAAUCAAGAAGGAGAAACGUAACGUAAAGAAAGAUGAAAAUAUAAGAAAAGAGGAGAAAAAGGAAAGUAAAGCCAAGGAGGAUAAAAAGAGGGACCCAAGUAAACCGGAGCUGAGGAAAAUCACCAAACCUGACCUGAAGCCGCUCACCCCCGAAGUGAGAAAGACUCUGCACAAGGCCAAGACUCAGGCUAAGCCCAAGGCGGACAAAAACAAAGCAGUGAAAGAGGAAGCUCAUGAGAAAAAGCCAGUCCCAAAGAACAUCCCUGUGGAGAUCGCAGCAGCAGCUUUGGCCGACAGGUCCAUCAUGUCCUCUCCAGAGGACCUCACUGAAGACUUUGAGGCUCUGAAACAAGAAGAACUGUCAAAAGUAAAGAGUGAGCCAAUCCAGAACGACGUGAUGUUUGGUCAUUCCCUGCACACAGAUACCAAAGUCCCGUCUUUAGUUUUCCAAGAGGAGCAAGUCACAUCACCAGAGACUGAUGCAAAAUCUGCUUCGCCCAAAUCCCCUGUCAGCGAGAUAGAAGACAAAGAAGACAAAGGCUUUUCGACACAUGUUGGAGCCGCCGAAAAGAGGGAAGCAAGCGAUGGCUUUGACAAGAAGUACGAAGAGGAGAAAAUGGAGAAAUAUGACAAAUACCCAUCAAAGGACGACAUAAGAGACAGAUCGAAGAAGAGCGACAGCUCAGAGGAGGAGGGGGACGUCAUUGAAAAAGCUGACCUUGAAGGAACGGAAGACGACGAGGUACUGAAAUAUAAAACAGAGGAGGCCAAAAGGGAAAAAACUGGAAAAGAGCUGGACACCAAGUCAGCUGACCCAAAACCUUCAUCAGACGCAGCCAUCUCUGGGCUGGUAGCAACUUCUGCCUCGGAGCAGUUCUCCUUCAUCCAAGAUGAAACCAUCCCCGGCUACUCCGAGACUGAGCAGACCUUCUCUGAUGAGGAGAUCCACGAGGAACCAGAGGAUCGAAUCCCACAGCUGCGCUACGAUGUGGGCUCUUAUGACAUCUCAGUCCCCGACGUGCCUGGUACUUUUGACUCCAUGCACGGGAUAAAAGAGAUGAAGACCUCCGGCCCUCCCGACGUCAAAGCCAAAGCCUUCAUGGGAGGACAUGAGCCUGAACUGGCACAUUACCCCGCCAUCAUCGCCGCUCCUCUCGCAGAGGAGGAGCACAUCUCCUCGGCGACUUCCAUCACAGAAUAUGACAAAUUGUCGUCCUUUGCCACGUCCGUAGCUGAGGACCAGUCAAUAGCUUCUGUGACGGCGCCUCAGACCGAGGAAGCGGGGAAGCACCUUCUGGUGCUGGACACCAUCCACAGUGUCCCCUCGCGUCCGGAGGCCGCCCAGGGGAAGGACUUUCUCCACUCGGCCGGAACCAUUUCCCCCACCUCCUCUCUGGAGGACGAUAAGUGCUUCAAGUCUCCCUCCUCCGACGAGUACCAGCCCAACAUUCCUGAGAUGGAGGCCGAUGCAAAGAUCCAAUCGGUCCACGAAGAAGAAGACGAGGAGGAAGACGAGGACGAGGAUCAGACUCCUAACGUUGACAUCCCUCUUGGUAAACUCCAAGAGGGCUACGAACAGGCAGCCUUCAUGAUGCUCCAAGAGAAGGAGAAAUCUCUUUCUACCACAUUUUCUCCCCCUCCUCCUCUCUUUUCUACCAUCCAGUACUCUCCCACACAGGCUGUCAAAGAAAAGCAGUCUCUCUUUAGCUCCGAGGGAUUUAAGACUGAUAUGAAGCCCAUUUCCCCCCAUGCGUCUUUCUCCUCUGGGUUAGAUUUAGAGUCCCACAGGCAGGAGAGUGAGGAGAGAUGUCUGAGCCCAGAUGACAGCACCAUGAAACUGGCCUCACCCACACAGUCUGUGCCUACGAGCAGCGGCUACUCUCCGACAGAAGAGAGACCGUUUAAGACAGAAGACAAAGACGAAGCAGCAAUAGGUGUUAAAUCGGCCAAUGUCUCAGACAGUGCUGCUUUUAUUGGAGAUAAGACAGCGUCUGAAGAGUCUGAAGAAUCCAGUGAAGACAAUGAGGAGGAGGAGGAAGACGACUCUUACACCGAGAAGGAUCUACAGCCCACUGUCAAGGCCAAGCUAAUGGAGGCUAAAGAGGGGUGCUUCUUGGACGACGACUUCGCCACUGAGGCCAAAUCUGCAAAGACGGAAACACAAGUCGAGGGCACUGAGAAGACAAAUGUGUCCUUCAGCACAGAUAAACCAAAACCUCCAAUGAUGUACUCAGAUGAAGAUGAAAAAGAUGAUGAAAUCCAAAGUGGCGAAGGGUCUCAGAAGCCCUUAUCAACAGAUCAAAAUAAAGUAGACGUAGAAGAAGAAAGCGAGGAGGAAACAGAUGACGCUUCUCAUGAGCAGGAGAAAAGUGUUCAUUUCAACCUCUACAAUUUUCCAGAGAAGGAGAGCAAAGAAAAGGCAGUGUACAUAAGACAGGACACGCCUUAUGUGCAUGGCAAAACAUUCUCUUACAGCGACAUCUACGGCUCAGUGGACUCUGAUUCAUAUUGUCAGGAGUCUGUAGAUAAAGAGGAGAUAGACGGCGCAAAAGAUGAAGCGGAUAUGCAGAAACCAGAGCCCCAGACCCCGGUGACGGCCCCGCAACCAAUGCUAGAGAAGGAGGGAUUUAAGGUCUCUUUCGGAAAAGACGCCUACGCCUCCCCUUGGCUUGACUCAAAGAGCGAUUCCGCUAUACCUCCAUUUGAAGAGGUCAAAGACACAUUUGCAUACAACACAGUGAGCCGAUUCCCCUCAGCGGCCGAUGGACCCGAGGCUCUGUCCACUUCUUUGUCGCCGGGUAAAGACGAUUCUUUUAAAAGCCCGACUGACGGCACCGAGCCCCAGACCUACCCGUCGCCUCGCGACGCCGCCGCAGGCUUUGAGGAGAGAGGAGGGUGCUUGGAGGUGGACAUGCGAAAACUGACAGCGAGGGAUGAGGAAGACUACGAUGACGAUGUUGUGGAUGAAGACGACUCGGACGAGGCAGACGAAGACGAGGAGGACAGCGACGACGGGGGCGUGGUCGAUUCUGAUACGGAGAAAGGUGCCAAAGAGACGUCCGAGAAGGAUGUUAAGAGUCCGAUCAGUGAAAUGUUCGGAUUGCAGAGGCCUGAAUUCAUGGUUUCUAUGGCUGGAUACGGCUACAACAGCCAAGGGACGCCGAGUAGCUCCAGCUCACUCACAAAGACUGAACAACAAGUGAAGGUUGACUCUUCAUUCUUUAGCGCAAAGCAAACCGAUUUGAGAGAUAUGAGCUUCUCUGGCCAGCCCUUGGGGUUUGAGUGCUCAUAUGGGAGUAGUGAGAAAGACUCCUUUUUAUCAAGUAAGACCACAGGAAAAGAUAAAGAGGAUUUCCCUUUGAAAUCAACAGAGGACAGUUAUUACCAGAAUCAAAAAGAUGAAACACCGGACCCUCUGAGUAAGACAUCGCUGGACACAAGCUUUCAAUACACGACCACCGCCGCCCCUGGGUACUCCUCCUCAUCGGCCUAUAGCUACUCCUCGUCCACCUCGGGCUCCCUUUCCACCAGCCGUCAGUUCGGAGAAGAGCUGGAGACGCCUGCCGAGCCCCUCUUUGAGUACUCCUCCUUUAAAGAUGAACAGGGCAUGGACCCCUCCUUCUCCAGCUGCGCAGGAGCCAAAGACGACUAUCUGGAAGUGUCAGAGAAACAGGUCGAGUCCACCUCCAGUUUAACUCGUUUUUCACCCCGAAGCCCAUUUGAUGAGGGGAAAACAUUUCCCUCACUCUCGUCCACUGCCUUUGCUGAAGAUAAAAAUGAGCAUAAGACAAAGUCAGGUGGAGUAAUGGACAAAGGCCCUCAAAUGGAUUGCUUCUAUAAGCCUGAAUGGUCAAAGGGGCCCAAGCUGGACACGGCUGUUGGGUUUGGGGCCUCAUCAGGAGCGUUUGCUCAGCAUUCAGAGAUAGACAAAGACAAAGAGGCGGCCAGUGCCGCCCUGUUUGGUGUCACUUCCUCACCCCGACCCGAGAUCGAAGGCAAGCAUUACUUUGAGGAGACGGAGAGCAGCGAAGAGGAGGACGAGGAGGCUUACAUGCGGGAGAUGACUCGUAGGUCGCCCUCGGGGGGCCUGGCUAGCCUCUCCUUUUCUGACAAACCCGUCCCUCAAGCUGCCUGUGAAAAGACAGCUGGCGCUCUCCCCGAUGUUUUCAGCUCCUACGUGCCCUUGCCUUUCCAGUCCAACAAGCCGGACACGGUCAACGGCCCCAAGGAGGUGGCCUCGGCGGUAGCCGGGGCAGCAGACGGCGGUGCAGCAGCCGGCAGGGCUUCCUCGGGCACGGCUAAGGUGGAGCCCAGAGAGGGAGCAGUGGCCUACAGGAGCUCUUUCGAGUGGGAGAUGUCAAAGUCUCAGAUGGGGAUGGUGCCCGGAGACUCCCCUCCCCAUUACCGCCACGACGAUGAGUUCGAAGAAGAGUGCGAGACGGAGCCAGAACACCCGGCCCGCCCGCUGUCUCUCUCUUCGGCGGAUCAGCCCUUCCGCUCUCCGUUCUACAGCGAGGAGCACAGCCGAGGAGGACGGGACGACGACGACGACGAUGAUGACGAAGAAGACAGCGAUCAGGAUCUCGCCAGCGAUGUGCCCUUGGGAGCCACCUCCUCUUAUGCCAGUCGCAGCUCCCCUGGGUAUUCCUCCUCCGAGUAUAGGCAGCCCAAGCAGGACCUCUCGCCAUCGUUCAUCAACCCGUGCAUGCGGCAUUUAUCCAGCGAAGAGGACGAGCGUGAGCGCCGCAGCGAUCAGUCGCAAGAAGCCGAAGGGCACGAUCUGUCGGUGAAGAGGAGGGACCACAAGCAGCCCCAUCAGCACGGCGGCUCUCUGCAGCAGGCGGGUGGUGCGCCGGCGGGGCUGGGCCUGGCAACCGAGGACACACCGCCCACCUCCGUCAGCGAGUCUUUAGCCUCUCAGUCAGACUCCGAUGUCCCACAGGUCGCUGGCGAGGGCAUCUUGGACUCAGAUGAAGAUGCCGACUACAUGCCCAUUGAUAAAAUAUCCACCGCGGGUGGAGGCAGCCAUCAUUCCUCGAGCAGGAGCAACGACCCUCCUCCUGCUCCCUUCAUGGACCCCUACCCUAAUCCCCCCCGCCCAGACGUUUGCAUGGUGGACCCCGACUCUCUGGGCAACGGCCUAGUGAAGAAAGAGCCGAAAGCCAAGGGCUUAAAGAAGACUUCUGGGAAAACGAAAUCUGCGUCCCCGGCCAGGCGCAAGAGGUCUCCCAUGCCCGUGAAACAGAUGCCGUCUCCUCGCAGCGCCUCCCUGAAGAAGAAGGAGGCCGACAAGAGCUCUCGGAUGUCUCGUCUGUCGGACGGUCAGGGCUCCAAAGACGACGACCUCUCCAGGUCGAGCUACAACCCCGGCAAGACGCUGCUAAAUGGGGUGAAGAGCAGUUCAGGUUCUCAGAAGUCCGGUUCGGCGGGGGCUCCCGGGCUUCCUAUUUACGUGGAUCUCGCCUACGUCCCCAACCACUGCAGCGCCAAGAACGUAGACCAAGAGUUUUUCAAGCGCGUCCGCUCUGCUUACUACGUGGUCAGUGGUAACGACGCGGCGAGCGGCGAGCCCGGCCGAGGGGUCCUUGAUGCGCUGCUGGAUGGCAAAGCUCAGUGGGGGUCCAACCUACAGGUGACGCUGAUCCCGACCCACGACACGGAGGUGACCCGCGACUGGUACCAGCAGACCCACGAGAGGCAGCAGGAGCUGAACAUCAUGGUGCUGGCCUCCAGCAGCACCGUUGUCAUGCAGGACGAGUCUUUCCCCGCCUGCAAGAUCGAGUUUUAAAGACCCCCCCCAACCCCCCCACCACCACUAACCCCCUUCCCCGGGCCCCCUCCUCUCUGUAGCCCGAUAUGCUAACCUGCCUCUGCUCAGCGCAGAAACAGACCUGGAUACCUGUCUAUUCUUUUCUAGAUUUGUAUUCCUUUUUAAGCUCAUCUUAUAUUACAACGGUAGUUUUUUGACAACUAUGUCCUCCGCUGCAUUGUUAUUUCUCAGUUUUUAUUUUUUGGUGUUGUGGUUGUUGUUUGCUAUCUCGAGACAACGGAGUUUAUUGGUACGAGACAAAAUGCCUGUUAGUAACAAGAAAAAUAAGGACAUGACAAAAUAAUUCAAAUUGGCCGAAUUAAGAGCACAAGCUUGAGCACUUUAAAGCCGACGACAGAGUUGUUUUUCUUCCACUGAUUCCCAAACAAAUGGAAGUUUUCUGAUAAAUCCUCACUGCAGGCGUGACCCGCUCUACUCCACUCUCUAUUUCCUGUCUUUCUUCCAGAACUUUGACCCAGUGUUGAACUUUGUGCCUCCUGCUGAAUUAGUCAAAUAGAACCCACGUGCUUUACAGUAUUUGCCGUAGAAUAGGGAAGAUCAUAUUCUGAAAGCUGUUGUGUAGUGAGUUUCUACGGUUACUUAUCGAAAAUCUGUAUUUGCAGUAAGAACAUCUCUGUGGCUGUUAUUCCGAGUUUCUCUCCGUAGUUGUUCUAGUAGUUCUUCACACAUGGGGGAGAUCAGAAAGCCUCAAGUAAGGAAAAAAGAAAAUGAAUCAUUCCCAAUCUUCCCAAUCCUGGGUUUAUACGGCUUUACACACCAAGCGGCGCUCAGAGGUCUGUACAAAAAGCUGCGGAGAUGUAGUCCAGUGCAACAGCUGGGUGAGAGGAUGUAGUCCAGUGCAACAGCUGGGUGAGAGGAUGUAGUCCAGUGCAACAGCUGGAGGAGAGGAUGUAGUCCAGUAAAACAGCUGGAGGAGAGGAUGUAGUCCAGUACAACAGCUGGAUGAGAGGAUGUAGUCCAGUACAACAGCUGGAUGAGAGGAUGUAGUCCAGUACAACAGCUGUAGGAAGGGAUGUAGUCCAGUGCAACAGCUGGAUGAGAGGAUGUAGUCCAGUGCAACAGCUGGAGGAGAGGAUGUAGUCCAGUACAACAGCUGGACGAGAGGAUGUAGUCCAGUACAACAGCUGUAGGAGAGGAUGUAGUCCAGUGCAACAGCUGGAGGAGAGGAUGUAGUCCAGUGCAACAGCUGGAGGAGAGGAUGUAGUCCAGUGCAACAGCUGGAGGAGAGGAUGUAGUCCAGUGCAACAGCUGGAGGAGAGGAUGUAGUCCAGUACAACAGCUGUAGGAGAGGAUGUAGUCCAGUGCAACAGCUGGAGGAGAGGAUGUAGUCCAGUGCAACAGCUGGAGGAGAGGAUGUAGUCCAGUGCAACAGCUGGAGGAGAGGAUGUAGUCCAGUGCAACAGCUGGAGGCGUGAGGCCCCGCCCUGCUGGGAGGGAAGUGCUUCUUAUUCUUGGUGGUUCUGGAAGGUUCUCGGCAUGCCGGUUUCCUCGUUAGUGCACAAAAACUAUAGAAAUAGUUGUUUAUAUUCACUGUAAGAACGUUUCACGUAUUUCAGCGCUGAGGGCUUUAGGUUUUUGGAGAAGCAUAAACAGCGACUGGUGUGU